CGACUCACGGACUGGCCCUGCUAGCCGACUGAACAAACACAGUGCUGUCAAAGCUGCAGCUUUUUUCUCUCCCUCCCCCUGCGUUAUCAAAAUUAAACGUCGGGACCGUGCGGAGGUGAAGCGUCGGACAGAUUGUUCGGUUCGCGCCGAAACGACGAAGCGCUGGACUGACGAGCUGUCAAGAAGACCGUUUGUCUGUCAAACGGCCCUCUUCAGUCUAUGGGCUCUCAGUCCAGUUCUGGGAUGUCUGGUGGAAGGGGCUCUUCCAGUGGCAACCCAGCUGAGCAGUCUGAAACAGGAGAAGCAAACCAGAGCAGCAGCAGCAGCAGCAGCAGCAGCCGAGGCCGCAGGACGGCUGACAGGCAGCAAGGAGACAGACAGCCAGCAUCAGAGGAGGACGUUGACUUAGCUGAAGUGCUGGCUUACCUACUGAGGAGGGGCCAGGUCAGACUGGUCCAUGGCAGUGGAGCCACAGGACUACAGCUGGUCCAGUCAUACUCUGACUCUGAUGAGGACAGCGACGGAGCGUGGGAGGGUCGGCUGGGUGAUCGCUACAAUCCUCCAGUGGACACCCAACCCGACACAUUCGAGGUGGACCGGAGUGAGAUCCGAACUCAGAUCAUGCUGGCCACCGCCUCCUUUGCCCCGAAAGGCCGACAGAGUUUCACCCACAUGCUAACAGAGAGGGAACAAGGCAGAUGUAGAGGCUCCAGUUUUUCCCAUGGAGAGUGCAGUCGUAUCCGCACACAUUUUCUGCCAAACUAUGUAUCCCACAAGGAUACAUACCAGCAGAAAGCCUUCUGUGGAGUGUACAGCGAGGAUGGCAACAUGUUUCUCUCUGCCUGCCAAGACCAGAACAUCCGCUUGUACGACACGUCAAGGGGACGCUUUCACCUACGGCGAACAGUGAAGGCUCGUGAUGUGGGCUGGAGUGUGCUGGACGUCUGCUUCACCCCUGAUGCACAACAUGUCCUCUACUCCAGCUGGUCUGACUACAUUCAUUUGUGCAGUAUAGAUGGAGACAGUGAAAACCACACCGCCCUGGACCUCAAUCCAGAUGAGAGGAGGUUCUGUGUGUUCUCACUGGCUGCGUCCACAGAUGGCAAUGAGAUCCUGGGAGGAGCAAACGAUGGCUGCCUUUACGUUUUUGAUCUCGAGCAGAACAAACGAACGUUGAAGAUUGAUGCCCACGAGGACGACGUGAAUGCGGUGGCGUUCGCCGACAGCUCAUCCCAGCUGCUCUUCUCUGGCAGCGACGAUGCACUGUGCAAGGUGUGGGACAGACGGACGCUGCGGGAGGACAGACCGCAGCCUGUCGGACAGCUGGCCGGCCACCGAGAUGGCAUCACCUUCAUCCACAGCAAGGGUGACGCACGGUAUCUGAUCAGCAACUCGAAGGACCAGUCCAUCAAGCUCUGGGACGUCAGGAAGUUCUCUCCCAAAGAGGGGUUGGCAGCGUCCCGCCUGGCUGUCACCCAGCAAAACUGGGAUUACCGCUGGCAGCAGGUUCCCCAGAGAGCCCUAAAGAGACACAAGCUGACAGGCGACACCUCGGUAAUGACCUACCGCGGUCAUGGCGUCCUGCACACCCUCAUCCGCUGCCGUUUCUCUCCAGAGUUCAGCACUGGACAGAGGUUCAUCUACUCUGGCUGCUCCACUGGCAAAAUCAUCAUUUAUGAUGUGCUGACGGGCGGCGUGGUCUCCAGGCUGUCGGGCCAUGACGCGUGCGUGAGGGAUGUCAGUUGGCACCCGUACGAGGACAACAUCAUCAGCAGCUCUUGGGAUGGAGCGGUUCGAAUGUGGGAGCACAGACAGACCCAUCCUCUAGAGGAGGAGAGAGAGAGGGAGAGAGACUGACAUCAGGUGAAAGACCUUUAGGACGGAGAAAAAAAAACAAAGGAAUAUGAUGUCAGAGGACGCGACAUCACCACAAAAGGGGCAAGGCUGGCCCUGACAGUGGGAGACGAUAAGCUCAAAAGGACUGGGACAGACUUAAAUAUCUUUUUAAAUUCAAUGCUGGAUAUUAAUGAUUACAAUUAUAGUGUGGUUGUGAAGUGUUUGGAAGGCAUUAUAGCCUUACAUUGUCAAGUGCAGAUUAGGGCACAGUGGGGAGGCCUACUCCUGUUUUUCUUUGUGUUUUCGCCUCACUGUUUUGUGCAAAAAUCAGCAGGCCAGAGCUUUUUUGAAUUUGGCCUGAAAACACUUUGCUCAAAACACAAAGCACUUACUUAAUGAGUUAAUGAAAUUUAAUGGUAAGUUAGUUACAUAAGAAUCAACUUUGUUGUUGCGGGAAGAAACAAGGAUGUUAAUGAUGAUAAUUCUGUAUAAAUGUAUAGUAUUGUAAUGAUAUGAGCGCAAUGGAGUGUAUUUAGGUGGCUGUCGGUGUGCCGAUUUGACUCAGUCUUGACCUUGCUGUUAUGAAUAACAUGAACUGUGUCCUCAUCCUUCACAGUUCAAACACCCAGUAUCUUAUUUUUGUCCAGUCUACACGAUUUUCUCAAGAUCACUACUGGCCCUGGCUAUCAUGUGACUUUUCUGAGCUUCAGUGCACCAAUUGGUCAGCUGUUCAAGGGCCACUUCAUAGCUUUGUCAGAAAUUUCCUGCAUACCCAGUAGACCUGGACGCCCAAAAGUUCUGUUUUGCUGUUUUUACUGUCAAACUCACAAUGAUUUUAUGCUAAAUCCUCUUUAGACCGCCACAAGUCUAAAGGCCCCUGAUCUUCUUAUUGAUCCUGGAUCAGCACUCAGCUCUGUAAUCACAAGCCCUGAGUCAACAGGGUGGGGGAAAAAGUCAUUUUGUUUGCCAAUGUAAACCUGUUUAAAAGAGUUGAAGGUGAACGAUAAUAUGUCGAGCACAAGACUUGGCCAAGGGUGCUGGGAUGUGUGUGUGGAUCACAGCUUACACAUUGAUCUGUAUAUGCAAUUUUCAGGUGUUUAUAUCAAAGCCCAUGUUUCACUCAGACCAUUGUUUUACAGGAACAAUAAAACCUCUCUUUAAAUGUA